GGGUUCCCGUAAGCAGUAAUCUGGGAUCCCGACAAGGCUACAGCCAUUCCUUCCCUGCUCAUCCUACAGGAUCCACACUCACUGAUAUACCAGGAACAUGGAGAUGCGAGUCCUUUGGCUUUUGCUCUUUGCUGGAUCCAUGGCACAAGAAGACAUGGAUAGAAAUGUCUUCCUCUUCCCCGGAAAGACUUCCGCUGAUUAUGUGAUUCUAACACCAGUGGUGAUCCAGCCUUUAAAUAAACUCACCGUUUGCUUGAGGAGCUACACAGAAGGAGGAAAAUUUGCCCUAUUGAGUGUGGGCACACCAGAGUCAUAUAUCAACAAUAUAUUUUCUAUUGCACAGGAUGUAAUAGGAGGCUUUACUCCACAAUACUAUAAUUCAAAUAUUGCUAUAAAUGGUUUAUUAGUAUCUAUUCGAACAAACACCAAUGUUCUUGACUGGACACACAGGUGUGUGACCUGGGACUCUAACACUGGAGUUCUACAACUUUGGGUUAAUGGAAAAGUCUCCCCUCGCACAGUCCUGCAGAAAGGCUCUUCUAUUGAUCUAAAGGACGGUAUUUCUCUGGGUCAUAUACUUGCGAAUUCUGGGUUUGGGAGGAAUCAAAUGUCCAGUAAUAUAAGAAAAGAGGUGAGUUCUGGCUAUUCCUUUCAAGGGGAAAUAACUGAUGUCCAUAUGUGGAAUGAGGUUUUGUCUCCUGAGACCAUAAGGAAGGUUCUGCUAAAUAAUAGGUAUGUAAAUGGGAAUGUCAUUAGCUGGAGGUCUCUGAACUACACACUUAAUGGAGAUGUCAUUGUCCAACCCAAACUCCAGUGUAGAUAUGGCAGUGAGUCUGGCAGCUCAUACAGUCAGUGCUCUAUGGAGUAAUGGGUCUUAUAAAACAGAUAGAACAAUGGCUUUUCAGAUAAUGGUUGUUUUAAGGCACGGGUCCCCAAACUUUUUUUUACAUAUUCAAUUUUAAAAAUAGUUGGACAGCAACACAAGCCUGAAAAAAAGUUCCAUGGGUACCAAAUAAACACUGUGACUGGCUAUUUGGUAGCCCCUAUGUAGACUGGCAGUCUGUAGGAGACUCUGUUUGGCAGUACAUAUGGGUUUUGCAACCAAAACUUGCCUCCAAGUCAGGAAUAGAAAAAUAAGGACCUUCUUAGAGGCCACUGGGAGCAACAUCCAAGGGGUUGGUGAGCAACAUGUUGCUGAAGAGUCACUAGUUGGGGAUCAUCGUUUCAAGGGGAACAUAAUAAUAAUAAGAUGAUUAAUUGUUUUUGUGAAGAGUGGCUUAUGUAUUCUCAGACAAGCCUGAUGUUAGAGAAGAUGAGGCUCCUGACCCGUCUGGUGUAUGUGUGGGUAGGGACGGCAUAAGUCACAUGUCCAACCAGCAGCCCCUUGCUGUUUUUAAAAUAUACCUCCCACAUCCCAUAAUAAACAAUUCGAUAGCUGAAGACUAGUCAGAUGUAGAUUCUUAAUAUAUCUAACAUCUGCUAUACAAUUACUUAUCUUCUGUACUAUUAUGUUCUCCUCUCCUUUGAAUGUGAGGUCCACAUGGCAUAUUGCUUUCCUUCCCUAUCCUUAACCCAGCCCCGAUGUCAGGACCUCAGUAUUUGAAUGAAGGUUUCACCUGCUCUCCAUACAGAUAGUGCCUUGGGUGAAUCAAAGCCAAGACCCCGGCACAAAAAGGGGACAAUUCUAACCUCAGUUUAGUGUCACUGCUUGUUGUUGUUGUUAUACUGUGCAUAUACAGAGGGGGUGAGGGCAUAAAGGAUAUUGUAUAUGUGGCAUGAGGCAUAUUGUACAAUGUAUACAUGCAAUUUCUACUGCUGUAUCGUAUUAUCUAUUUCAUUAUUCAUUGGGGCAGAUUUACUAAAAAGCAAAGUGGCUAACGCUAGUGACUUUUCGCCAGCGUUGCCACCCACACC